AUGAAGCAGCAACAAGAAGAGCACGAGCUGUCGGACGCGAGCGAUGUUGAAGUGGACGACGAGGAGCUCGUUUUCAUGUCAAUGCUCUACGAUCGGGGCGCAUUGGGCGUCGCCAUCUACAACGCACAGACGACAAGUCUCAAGAUGCUGCAGCUCCAGAUCCACGAUGCACAGGAGCUCGAGCAGAUCCUGGACCGGCUCCACACGCAGUUUGCAGUGCACCAUGUGCUGGUUUCGUCUCGGAACGCGAGUUCGAACGGAAUGCUCCGUAUGAUCAAGAGCCUCGACGAGCAGCACCAGACAAAGACAGGGAUCAGCAUCCGAAAGGUAAGCAUUCCGGUGAGUCGCUUUUGCGCAGGUACCAUUUGUGGAGUCCAAGCUGCUUCGUCAAGACGUCUGACCGCUUUGAAAGCAGAUUUUAGCUACCUGAAAGGCACUCAAGCCAUUGAGCAUGUCCAGAUUGGGGACGCUCCCGCGGAGUUGCAAAAGUCUCAUACGCGCUCGUCGAGACGAGACGUCUACACGUUUCUAGGAAGCUUUUUUGAUUUCGAAAGCACGCAGCUGAUCCGUGCUACGGGCGCUUUACUGCAGUAUUUGUCGGUCGAGAAGAUUGGGAAUCAGUUGGAUGAUGUGAAAUCCGUGUAUUUUUCGACGGUCGAUCAAGUUGCACUUGAUGGUUUCAUGUACAUUGACAAGACGACGCUGCAGUCGCUUCAGAUAUUCAAUCAUGAAGCCCAUCCUUCACUGGUCAAGGGAUCAGGCCGAGCGAAGGAAGGCUUCAGCCUCUUCGGACUUCUCAAUCGCACUGUGACUAAAUCUGGCAGCUGCAUGUUGCGCCGUUGGAUGCUAACUCCACUAGUAAGCAGUGUCCAACUCGACGAGCGACAUAGAUCUGUCGCAUUUUUCACGAGUGCUGAGAACGAUGAGCUUCGGCAACUGCUGUAUGGAAAGCUGAGAUAUUUCAGAGACGUGGCUGGGAUAUUCCAGCGCGUGAAGAAGCGCUGUGCUUCCGUGGGUGAUUGGUGUCGUUUCGCCGCCUCCAUUACGACAUUUCUAGAAGCACAAUUCCUUAUCGAAGACAUCAGUAGAUCCGGCGACUCGUCGUUACCUAGCCUGUUUUCAAGGGUACUCAGAGAGCGUGGCGUUGUCCACAUUAGUAAUCUGCUGGGAAAUGUCGUGGACUUCAUCGAGAGUCAGCAAGAAAACACCGUGGUUAUCCGGAGUGGUGUGUCGGAAGCACUGGAUGCCGCUCGAGAACGCUAUGAAGAUCUUGACAAUAUUCUAGCAGAGGUUGCGUUUCAGGUCCAAGAGGCAAAUCCGAUUCUGUCAUCAAUCACCGUCCAGUACAUUCCUCAAGUCGGGUAUGUCAUCUGCUGCGAAUCGCCCACGACGCUACCAGACUUCGUGUUCCAGUUCCAGGAAGAUGACACGACAUUCUAUUACAAGGACUCUAGUUGCCGGGACUUAGACGAGUCAAUAGGGGACAUCUACGGCUACCUACUCGACACACAAAGAGAACUCCUGGAAGAGUUGACGGUGGCAUUACUGGAGUACGAGGGCAGCAUACAUGAAAUGACGUGGAUCAUGUCGUAUCUGGAUUGCUUGAUUUCGUUUGCAUCCUGUGCAAAAAGCUUCAAUUUUACCCGUCCUCAGAUAAACGAAGGUACCACCUUCAAGGCGACUCAAGCGCGCCACCCUCUCCAAGAGCUUCUAGUAGAGCACUACAUUCCCAACGACGUCUUUUUGGAUUCCACUCAAUCGCUGAAAAUUGUGACCGGACAAAAUGGAUCGGGGAAAUCUGUGUAUCUGAAAAUGGUCGGCAUCAUACAAUACAUGGCUCAAAUCGGAUCCUUUGUGCCAGCGGACACCGCGGAGAUUGGACUGGUCGCAAAAAUCUUCACUAGGAUUCAGAGCAUGGAAUCUGUGACAGUGUCGCAGAGUUCGUUUACAAUUGACUGCAAUCAGAUGGCAUGGAUGCUCAACCACGGAGACGAUCGCUCGUUGUUCUUGGUCGAUGAAUUUGGAAAAGGCACGGCCGAGCUCGAUGGAAUCGCCCUGCUCAGCUCAGUCAUCAACUACCUUGCCAGAUGUAAUGUGACGACUGGAAGACCUCGGGUUGUGGUGACGACUCAUUUUCUGGAUAUUUUCCGCAAAAACCUGCUUGAGUCGUCAUUGUCCAUUGACCAGGCACUAUCGGAAAAAGAUGAAACGCAAUCUGGAACCUCGUCUGACACGGGUCAUGUAGUUUGUACCGUCAUGGCGUCGACCGAUGCGCCAGAAGCGUAUUCGUCAACGUCAAGCUCUGUCCCACUUUUUGAGCUGCGUUGCGGUGUCUCAACUCACAGCAAUGCACUAGCAUGUGCUGCAAAGUGCGGAAUACCACAUGCGUUGGUCGAACGGGCGCAAGAAGUGCUAGAUUGCAGUAAACGCGGGUUGCCCAUUUCGUCUCGGCAACAGACGGCAGGACCGUCACCCGAGGAACAGCUUGCUGUAUUCUUCGCAUCGAUUGACGACUGGGAAGACGCGGAAGAUGAAACUAUCGCCAAAUUCUUAGCAAUUGCGCGAAUGGGUAUGCAAUAA